AUUAAGGAAAUACUUUGCCAUUAUUUGUGAGUAGAAAUUAGUGUGCUUUCAUCGAGGCGAGGUUAAUGGCUGAGAAUAUUCUUUUGGCACAUGAAUUGGUUAAAAACUAUCACAGAGAGAGUCUGGACCCUAGGUGUGCACUAAAGAUUGAUAUCAUGAAGGCUUUUGACUUGGUUUCUUGGAAUUUUAUCUUCCAGGUUUUAAUUGCCUUGGGGUUUCCCACGCAGUUUGUGGAUUGGAUAAGGGCCUGCAUCACUUCAGCAAUGUUUUCAAUCUCUUUUAAUGGGAAUCUAAUAAGCUAUUUUCUAGGAAGGAGGGGUGUUAGACAGGGUGAUCCCUUGUCUCAUUACAUCUUUGUCAUAUGCAUGGAAAUUAUUUAUAGAAUGCUGAAUAAGGCAGCCUCCGAAGGGCAGAUAGCUUUCCACCACAAUUGUGCUAAAACACAACUUACCCACUUGUGUUUUGCUGAUGAUUUGAUCAUUUUUACCGAUGGAAGUACUUCUUCUUUAUCUGCUAUUGACAAGGUGUUGCAAGAUUUCUAUUCCUUCUCAGGCAUCCCUCUGAUUACUGGUAAGUUAUCUAAGGAGCUUAAGCCACUUAUAGCCAAGAUCACUGAUCGAAUGACCUCUUGGGCAGCCAAGCAUCUUUCCUUUACAGUUGAGACUGCUAAGGGUGCAAAGGUGAAGUGGCAAUCUAUCUGCACGGCUAAGCAAGAGGGUGGCUUAGGUCUUAAAGGCCUUGAUCUCUGGAAUAUUGCUUGCAUCAUGAGGAAAAUCCUUGAGCUAAGGCAGAAGGCUAGACAACUUGAAAAACAUAUUCCAGGUGAUGGCAAGGAUAUAUUUCUCUGGCAUGAUAACUGGCAUCCUUCUGGGCCAUUGAUUGAGGCUUAUGGGGCUAGAAUAGUGUCUGAUGUUGCAAAACCUUUUCAGGGAAAGCUUGCUGUAGUUGUUCAUGGGAACUACUGGAACUGGCCGCCUGCUCACUCACUGCAAUUAGUUCAGAUACACGCUGCUUUGUUUGACAACAUAUGUCCUCAGGAAGGAGUAAGGGAUGCUGUGGUUUGGUUACCCUCAGCUUCUGGUAAUUUUCAAACAGGGAAGACUUGGAACUAGCUGAGUGAGAAGCACAUCAAAGCUCCAUGGUCAAAGCUAGUUUGGUUCUCUGAUUUUAUUCCUAAACAUAGCUUUGUUUGCUGGUUGGCUAUGUUGGACAGGUUAACCACCAAAGCAAGACAAAAGCACUGGACAGCAAGUAUAAUUGACACUUGUUCUUCUUGUGGUGUGACUUCUGAAACGUCUGAGCACCUAUUUUUUUAGUGCAAAUUCUCAGUAAAGGUUUAACAAAAUC